AUGGCUUCCUCCUUGCAGGGCACUGUCGUUUCCUCAAAUUUAGCCUCUGUCCUGUAUGACCCUGAGCAAUGGGAGACACCUCGACAGUUCAACCCAGGUCACUUCCUGGACAAGGAUGGAGACUUUGAGAGCCAAGAAGUGUUCUUACCAUUUUCAACAGGGAAACCCUUCGACCCCCAUACCCACAUUGUCCAUGCUGUCGCAAAUGUGAUUUGCACUGUGGUUUUUGGCCAUCGCUUCUCCAGUGAGGAUGAUUCCUUCAACCGGCUCAUCAAAGCCAUCUAUUUUGUGAUCUUCUUCCAGGCCACUAUCUGGGGCAGGAUGUAUGAUGCUUUCCCAUGGCUUAUGCAUCAUCUCCCAGGACCUCACCAGAAAGUGUUUGCAUACAAUGAUUUUAUGCACAAUUUAGUUAAGAACGAGGGCCGAGGUCAUGAGGAGAGAUGGAAAGAAGAUGAUCCACAGGAUCUCAUUGACUUCUACCUGGCUCAGAUAGCAAAAACCAAAGAUGACCCCACGUCCACCUUUAAUGAAGAUAACAUGGUUCAGACUGUGGUUGAUCUUUUGCUGGGAGGGACAGAAUCCACAACUAUCACCCUGUGCUGGGCACUCCUCUAUAUGCUGCAAUACCCAGAUAUCCAAGAGAAAGUCCAGAAGGAACUAGAGACUGUCCUGGAACCUUCCCAACUAAUCUACUAUGAGGACCGGAAGAAACUGCCUUACACAAAUGCUGUGAUUCAUGAGAUCUUGCGCUACAGCAACAUUACUGCUGUCGGGGCCCCUCGCCAGUGCGUGAAGGAUACAACAGUGCUGGGGUUUCCCAUUGAAAAGGGCACAAUUAUAUUGCCAAACUUACACUCUGCUGUAUACGAUUCUGAACACUGGGAGACCCCAUGGAAGUUUAACCCGAGUCACUUUCUCGAUUCAGAUGGCAACUUUGUAAACAAUGAAGCAUUCUUACCUUUCUCAGCAGGGCAUCGGGUGUGUUUGGGGGAACAGAUGGCAAGAACUGAGCUCUUCAUCUUCUUUGUCAACCUGCUGCGGGCGUUCACGUUCCAGCUUCCAGAGGGAGUGAAGGAAGUCAAUCUGGACUAUAUUUUAGGGGCUAUAUUGCAUCCACAUCCAUAUAAGCUUCAAGUGGUUCCACGCUAGUCUGAAAUGAACCAUAAAGUGGAGGCGAUUCUGUCAGGGAUUUUUAAUAUCCAUCUUGUACUUUAUCUUAUUAGUCUUAUUUGAUAAUUCAGUAUUGUGACAGUGGAUGGAGAUAUUUUAAUUUAGGAACUUAUUAAAUUUUAACUUUUAAAAAAUAAAUGCAUUUUCCAAAAAUCAAGAGAUCUUCAGUGUACCCAAGUGCAAGGUAACACCUAUUGGAAAGAAUUAUCUAAACUAUUUCUACCCAGUAGAGAUACUAAUGAACUAGCUGUAGUACUUUAGAAAAGAUCUGUGCAUUAUCAUGCAGCACUCACUACAGAUGCCUGCUCAAUGUGCUAAUAAGAUGUUAGACUGUAUUACAAAUGAGUCAAAAACAGCAGAAAAUGAAAUGGCAUU